AUGAAUACCAAAGAAUAUAUCAAGGAUGUUCUCCAACAUCUUUGGUUCCCCAUUGAAUUCAUGAUAGUAUCCUUUACCUUUUUACCUGGCACUAUUAUUUCUCUUCUUACCUCAGCCAACGUUACUACCCUGAGUUCUGUGGAUAGAAUCAAAGAUGCAUGGUUUGCACGAUUCUGGGCUGUUUACGGACCGCAAGUUAGGGAAAGUGCGAGUGAAAAUGCUGAGCCUAUGAUCAAGGCAGCGAGAGGUAUCGUGCUGGAUAUUGGACCUGGUAGCGGCGAGGUAGGAAUUUUUGAUUUUCUUCAUGUUCGAUGAGAAGACGUCCGGGGAAUAAUGUGAUUUGCAAGUGACUGAUUUCAAAUAGUGGUUACAUGUCUUUGAUAAAUCUAAAGUUACAAAGAUUUAUGGUGUAGAGCCAAAUCGUGAUCAUUAUGAUCUGUUAAGAAGGAGAAUUAAGGAGGCCGGUCUUACCGAUAUCUAUGAAAUUGCGGAGUGUGGUGUUGAAGGGUUGACCAAAUGGGGAAUUGAGGAUGAGAGUGUUGAUUCGGUUGUUACGAUUUUGUGCUUAUGUAGUGUUGGACAACCUGAGGAAAUGAUUAAAGAUUUGUAUAAAAAGUUGAGAAAGGGUGGUAUUUGGGCGCUUUAUGAACAUGUGGUUAAGGAACAAGAAGGUUGGCCUUCGAAGUAUCAGUGUAAGUGGGGAUAUAUGAGUCUGAUGAAUGAAACUAAUGUAUGUAUACUUAGCUUUGGUCAAUAUGGCUUGGCCUCACUUCUUGGGUGGAUGUUCACUUAGGAGGGAUACGGGGAAAUCUUUGAUGGAAGUGGGAAAGUGGAGCAAGGUUGAUUUGAAGCAUCCUGUUACUGAGCCUUCUUACGCUAUCGUUCCUCAUAUUAUGGGAACACUAGAGAAGUGAUAAUGAUGCUUCCCAAUACACUUGACGGGAAAGUUUCCAUCAGGAGUCGAAGUCAUGGGUAUCUUUUGAGGAAUAUGAGUGGAUGUCGAAUGAGUAAUGGACGGCCACAUGCCAUCUUAACAGAAGGGUUGGUGCUUAUGAGAAUAUGAGAAAGUCGAGUUAUCGUGCAGUAAACGGAGAGAAGUUGAGAAGCUUGUGUGGAGUGGAGGUUUGAGUUACGAGUAUUUGAUUGGCGAAUUUGUUUUCUGAAAUCUUUUUGUUGCAUGUCUGAGGUCUUUCAAGGCCUCUUUUUCUAUACCAGAUAACACCUCUUGAAAGGCAACGGGACAACUAAAAUUUCAUAUAUAUAUUGAGAAGAAGCAAAACUAUUAGGAUAUUCGGCAGACUAGGAAUCUCAAAUGUUGCUGCUUAGUUAUUUGGUUUUGAACACAGGAUUGUUGAUUUUGAGGUUCUUAUUAGAGUUUGACACCGAUAGCUAGAAGGUUUGUUGCAUAUCUGAAUGGAUGAUUUGAGUUCACGU